CCCAAAAGUCCCAUGUCUUUCUCGAUUGGUAAACCCAACCAGCGAUUUACAACAAACAAGUCUUUCCUCUUGUUUGGGGGGAGCAGAGCAGUUCAAAAAUGAAGCAAAGCAAAUGAAGUUAGAAAAACUAAGGUCUGUCUUAUCUGAUUUCAGGGCACAAUUUAUAAUAUCCCUCCUUUUGACUAUGCUUAUUUUGUUUGCAGUCUAUUUUAUAACACAAUGUAACAAGUUCUUAUUGGAAUUGAUAGACCGCCCAGAUAUUGAGUCUGUCAAGAUAGGUAUGUGGGGCAUUGAAGUUAUUAAAAAAAAAUAGCCCCCAACCGAAUCUUGAGAAUGAGAAUGUCGGAAUUGUGGUCUUUGGUAGUGAUACCGCUAUAAAAGAAGGAGAUCUUGUGCACUGGAUAUAACAUUUGAAUUUCUCAACCAUUCCACGUUUCCGAAACGGAUCCUAUCAAAUAUUUUACUUUUUCUAUGAUCAUCUCUAUUUUAGGUAUUCGGGGAAUUCUCCUUAAUAGACGAAAUAUUCCUAUUAUGUCAAUGCCAAUUGAAUCAAUGUUAUUAGCUGUGAAUUCGAACUUUUUGGUAUUUUCCGUUUCUUCGGAUGAUAUGAUGGGUCAAUCAUUUGCUUCAUUGGUUUCAACGGUGGCUGCUGCGGAAUCAGCUAUUGGGUUAGCCAUUUUCGUUAUAACUUUCCGAGUCCGAGGGACUAUUGCUGUAGAAUUUAUUAAUAGCAUUCAAGGUUAAACAUGACUCCUAGAGAAUUACAAAAAUACGAAGUUCUCUUUUCUCCUUUCGUUCUCUUCUUUUUGAUUUUGACUUGGUUGGCAGGGUCAGGGCCUUUCUCGCUGGGCGAGCGCAUCCGAUUGAUUCUAAAGUCCUUUCCUAAACCACUUCCCGUUCAGUUGCUGAAAGAUAGAGAGAACCUUUCUAAAUGAGAUUGAGUUCCACGAAUAUGCAAGCUAGAAAGAUGCUAUUUGCUGCUAUUCCAUCUAUUUGUGCAUUUAGUUCAAAGAAGAUCUCAAUCUAUAAUGAAGAAAUGAUAGUAGCUCGUUGUUUUAUAGGCUUCAUCAUAUUCAGUCGGAAGAGUUUAGGUAAGACUUUCAAAGUGACUCUCGACGGGAGAAUCCAGGCUAUUCAGGAAGAAUCGCAGCAAUUCCCCCAUCCUAACGAAGUAGUUCCUCCGGAAUCUAAUGAACAACAACGAUUACUUAGGAUCAGUUUGCGAAUUUGUGGGACCGUAGUAGAAUCAUUACCAAUGGCACGCUGUGCGCCUAAGUGCGAAAAGACAGUGCAAGCUUUGUUAUGCCGAAACCUAAAUGUUAAGUCAGCAACACUUCCAAAUGCCACUUCCUCCCGUCGCAUCCGUCUUCAGGACGAUCUAGGCACAAAGUUUAACUUAUUAGUUAGGAGGAAAUUUUGCCCCCAGUGUAUCUCGAAAGCAGAAAAAAUAGAACUCAUUCGAGAGAGCUUGGUGGUCUUAAGAAUAAAUAAGACGAAUAGAAUCUAAUUCAUGUUCAUGCUAACAGAAGAGCGGAUCCAAUACAAUGUAAAUAAUAUAUGCAACUUCUUUCUCAAAAAGUGCUUGCUGCACUUCUUUCUCAUGAAGCUGCUUUGCAAGAAAGGUUUGAGUUCCCUCCGGGGGUUCUGAUAGCCAAUGCUUCCUACGCUCCAGCCCUUAGCCCUUAACUCCUUAGCACAAGCACUAAGUAAGCCCUCCAAGGCCUUCAAUAUCGCACCUACUAGGACUUCAUUUUCGUUUUCGAAUAGGACUACUUCUUUCUUUUCUGUAUGCUAGGGCCGCCCGCACGCUUUAAGGGUUGUUGAAGGUAUUGCACUAAGAAAGACUCCUGCCGUUGCUAUGCUAAAGGUAAGAUUUUCUUUGAAAGCCGCUCAAGCAAUUUCUUUAAGAAGAGCAAGCAAGACAAGAUAAGGCUCGAAAGCUGCGAAGAAAGUAGAGCAGCUCUAAUCGAGCUGUGAAAUCGGUGUGGUGAGGUAUUGGAAGUGUUCAGCGAAUAUAGAUAAAGACACUAAAAAAGAGCACCGUGCUAUACUGCUCCAUAAGGUAAGGAGGGCUUCCGCAAAACUAGGUAGCUUUCGCUAAUGAGAGAUGGAUUGGGGGAUUAGGUCUCCUAAUUCAUGGAAUUUUUUUUCUCUGGAUAAGUUUCUUUUUAAAGCAGCAUUCUCCCUCGACUCGAUCUUGAAUUGAAUUAUCGAUCGAUAGAACGUUGAUCAAUAUUCAGGAAGAGAUCGAGGAUCACAGCAGGAUCCUAUCUGAUCUUUGUCAACACAGGACUCGAAGCCCCCUGCUCAAACAAAAGGCUAAUCCUUCGGAAUUGAAAAUGCCUUUCGUAUUAUAUUAAUUAUAGUGGAGGGGAGAAGACUCAUUUUGAAUUCUAUCUAUAUAGGGGGGAGCCAUUGUGAAGCCUAGAGAGGGGUGUCC